AUGACUGUGCUUGAACUGACACUGGCUUAUAGUACGCCCAACGCCAGCCAACCAUGGCGGCGAGGGCUGGUGUGGCGGCUGCUAGAGCCCCUACUGGUCCUCGCCGUCGUGGCGAUUUCCGUGGCCGUGGCCGUGGCGGUCCCCGUGGCCGUGGCGGUCGCGGCUACCCUGGCGUCCCGCCCGCCCGCCCGCCGCCCGUCGCUCCCCUCGCUGGCCGUGUUGCUCCCCCCGCUGGCCGUGUUGCUCCCCCCGCCGGCCCUGUUGCUCCCCCCCGCUGGCCCUGUUGCUCCCCCCGCUGGCCCUGUUGGUCCCCCCGCUGGCCCUGUUGGUCCCCCCGCUGGCCGUGUUGGUCCCCCCGUCGGCCGUGCUCCCCUCGCCGUCCCCCCGGCCGCGCCCGCACUGGCCGGGGUGGAGCCUAUGUCGGACCUCGCUAUCGACCCCCCCCGCGCCGCAGCCCUCGCCGGCUGUGCUUCCUCUCGCCGGUCACGGCAACCCGCCAACGGUCCCCCCGGCCGCUUUCGCACUGGCCGGGCCUGUGGAUCUCCCCGUUUCAGAUUCUGCGCCGCCCUCGGGCGAUGA